AUGGUACAUUGGGUGGGUAAUUGGUUGGAACAUUCCAUGGAAAAUUUAUUUCUGAAAUGGAGGUCAUUUUGUCAAGGUUCUGUGUGACAUUACUGCUGUAGAAAGUCUUCCGGAGUGUGUGAGUCUGUGUGUGUGUGUGUAUGUGUGUGGGUAUGGAAUGAAGUGUAAUUACAGCUGUCCUUUUUGUAAUUGGGUGCAAUUGUGAAUAUCAGACAUCAUCAGUUCUAAUCAAAUUGUCAAUUAUCGGUUCACUUCAGCUCAAGGAUUCAAUCUUACAAUAUGUUUGGUAAGAGGUGUAUCAUAUAGAGAUCAGAGAGAGGACAAGCAUUGAUCCUUGUUUACUCUCACAGAGAAAAAUGACAAAGAGAGAAGGACCGAGGGAGAAGGAGAGAGAGAGAUAUUCUUUUUGGCGCUUUGCUCUCCUGUUCACAAAGACAGAGAGGAGAUACUGAGCAGCAGUGUUCAAGUGGUUUGAAAAGAACUAAACAUGUGGAUGGCCUCAUUGCAAAGUUGAAACCGAAGCAAUAAACAAAAUGAUGAAAACCAAUUUGCUUUUUCCUGUUCUUUUACCAAAAUGAAUGAAGAGAGAUUCGAAGAGAACACUGAAAAAGGACGUCUCGUAGGUGUUGAGUCCCUAUGAACCACAAUGGCUGAGUAUAACUGUUCUUCUUUGGGCCUACCUGCCGCCACUCCAGACCAGCUGGGCUGGAACGUCUCUGGGCUCCUGGACAACGUCAGUACCAACGACAUGCAGGAUAUGUGCUUGACUCGGACUCAGUACUUGGAGAAGUGUCUAGGCUUCCGGCGGUCGCCCAUAUUCCUGCCCGUCUGCGUCACCUUCCUGGUGAUAUUCGUGGUGGGUGUGUUCGGAAACGCACUCACCUGCAUCGUCAUCGUGCGCUUCAAGGUGAUGCGCACGCCCACCAACUACUAUCUGUUCAGCCUGGCCGUGUCCGACCUGCUGGUGCUGCUGCUGGGCAUGCCGCUGGAGCUCUACGAGAUGUGGAGUAACUACCCCUUCCUGUUUGGCACCGGCGGCUGCUACUUCAAGACCUUGCUGUUCGAGACGGUCUGCUUCGCCUCCAUCCUCAAUGUGACGGCGCUGAGCGUGGAGCGCUACAUCGCUGUGGUGCACCCGCUCAAGGUCAGGCACGUGGCCACGCGCGCCCACGCCAAACACGUCAUCCUGAUGGUGUGGGUUGUGUCCGUGGCCUGUGCCGUGCCCAACACCAGCUUGCACGGCGUGGACAUGCUGGAGCCGCGGUUCGGGGUCAGGUUCCCAGAGUCUGCCAUAUGCACGAUUGUGAAGCCCCGCUGGAUAUACUGCCUGAUCAUCCAGGUGACAACGCUGGCCUUCUUCUUCCUGCCCAUGCUAACCAUCACCGCAAUGUACAUGCGCAUCGGCCAGAAGCUGAGCGAAGGGCGAGGCCAGCGGGGGGCGGGGCCCGGACGAGGGUUUGGUCCCGACAGCCACUGCAGUGUCCACAGGCAACAGCAGACCGCACGCCACUUCCAGGUCACCAAGAUGCUAUGUGUAUUGGUGAUCGUCUUUGGCAUCUGCUGGGCUCCCUUUCACAUCGACCGCCUCAUGUGGAGCUUCAUCAACAACGACAACCACCACCUGAUCUUCGAGUAUGUCCACAUCGUCUCUGGGGUCUUCUUCUACCUCAGCUCGGCGGUGAACCCCAUACUCUACAACCUCAUGUCCACGCGCUUUCGGGAAAUGUUCACAAAGAUCACAUGUCGCUGCGCCCUCUUUGGCGGUCACGUGCACCGACUGACCCUCCGCAGCACGCAGAUGACCCUGCGUACUAGCCUCUACGAGAAGCCCCAGCGUAAUAUGACCCUGGAGAGAAUCAGCCAAGACAGAGACUCUCCAUAGACCCUCUUCAAAAGCCUGUAUUCCCAGUUCAAACCCGGAGCUCAUGGGGUGGGGCUGGGGGUACCAAAACCAGGAGCUUUGAUGGACUAAGCUAAUGAGGUACCAAAAUGGACCGAAAUGAAUUAUCAACAUGGAUGAAGAUUGAGCGACAAAGUGACCAGGUGAUGUUUUUUUUUGGCCUGAUUCAAUGUGUGCCAGGAGUGUUUGGUUGAAGAAAAACCAUAGCAUUUACCUUUUCCCUUGACCUUGGAUUUGAAGUAAAAUUCUCAUUGGGGAAGCGAUACAAAAAUGAUCCAAGAUGAGGACUAACAACUGUACCACAGAUUGCAGUUAGACUGAAUGGAGCAGACAUAAUAAACUUUUUGUCUCUGACUUCGAAUAGAAAAUAGAUUUUCAACAUAAUAAGAUAUACAUUAUAAUUUCACUACAUAUUAUAAAAUAUUGGCUAUACAAUAUAUGGGAAAUUCAUAUGUUUAUUAUUUGCAUUUGAAAAUGUACUUCAACUGGAUAUAAAUACUCUGAUAAA